CAACAUACUCACUACAGAAGAUGAAGUUUAUCACAUGGAAACCGCAAGAAGGACCAUAGAACCAAUUCCCACCGAGGAAGACUCAUUGAACCUGAAACAAAAAGAAAAAGCAAGGUUAGUCAAUGAAAACAGACAAAAACACGAAACAGUGUUAAAUAAGACCUACACACUAGAGAAAAGUGAGGUAGACACAUUAAAUAUAACAAACAUAGCGAAAAGCGAACAAAACCACGCAAAAACCACAUUACGUGUAAACCAGGUACGUGUGAACGCACCACAAGACAAAUUUCUUACGAGAAAUGAACCAAAUUCCACAACAAUACAGGAACAAGUACAAUCAAAAAGUAAUAAUAUUCAAAACCUGCAAGACCAAUUGCAGAACUUGAUUGAUAAAGCUAAAACACAAAUCGGCCCACGAGAGAACAGACCGAGUACACCAAGUCAAAUUAAAACUGAAUCUCUUACGCAGAUCAACAACGAUUCAUCAAAAGAAUCAAUUAUAUUCGCUAAAAAUGCGAACCAACACGUUAAGUCGCACGAUUAUACUAUUUCAUGCGAUAACAGCCAUAAAAAAUUACUAGGACCAAAUACCGCAAGUUGGAGAACACGCUCACCCAUCAUUACCCGCCAACGCAAUCGUAAUCAGCUGAUACGACCAAGCGAUACUACACGCGUGAGCAAACAGUGUACAAUUAGCAAAAGAAUAAUCCAAAAGAUUAAAAACAUGGACUUGGAACCACCAUACGGAAAAAUGUGGUACAAGCAACUAUCCAACCGUGAGAAGGAAAUCCACGAGGAGGUUAAAAGAAGGAAGAGGUGGAAAAAAAUAAUAACCGAAAAACGUAAAAGAAUCCAAGCUCUUGAGACGUUCAUCGGAAACACCUCACCAACCCACGAAGAUGAAGAGGUAGACCAAGACGUCAUAACCGAAGAAAAAAAUUGGGAGAAAGAAUACAAUAAAACCGUAGAGGACAACUACGAAGAAGAUGUCGACAAACAAAGGUUAGUCGAUCAAUUCACAAUCAACGAUAAAAACGGACAGCCAUAUUACGAAGUUAACGUCGUAAUAAACAUAACGGAUGUUAGAAAAGAAAAGUACGACGAUCCAAAGGAUUGCGUAAUAAAUUACAAAAUAUGUAAACAAACAGCCACCAGAAUUGUUCAAUUAAUACACCAAAACAUAGAGGAAGACGAUAUGCAAUCUGGCAUAUCCGAACCCACAACAAUGUCAAACGAAACAUUCGUAGACAACUCUAAUAACACGCAGCAUUUAAUAAUUAAAAAGAAAGACAAAACCACAGCCACAUCAAGUGAGGACAGUGCGGAUUACACAGAACAAAAUAGCUGCAAGAAAAGAACCAAAAUAAUAAAAUCUCAAGCCAAGUCAAAAAUAGCUAAGUUAAAACAGAGAAACGAGGCUGGCAAAUUUGUUAAAACUAAGCCGACAAUCAUCAAACAAGAGAACAUCACGCAAAGGUACUCUAUAACCAAAGAAAACCCCACCAAAUUAUCAAAAAUUGCCGUUUCGCCAAAACGAAACGACAAUUUGGCGGGAAAAUUGCAACCGCGGGAAAAUUAUCCCGUGGUUGCAUUACAAAGGAUCCCAUACGUGGAUGAGCCCCCCACUGGAGCAUCUCCGGAACCUAGAAUGGACGCCGGAACUGCGAGGGAUUCACCGGACGUGACCAAAGUAGGCGCCGGACCGGACGUGGACCGGAGCAUGGCCACACCAGCGGAAUGUGAGGCGAUUGACAGCCAAAGUGAGCAAACCGACAGGAUGGUCAUCACUGCAGUUACCGACACUCGUGGCACCACGAAUAUCGAACCACCGACCCAAGCACAGGAGCAGGCGGCGGAGGAGUUAAAAAACUAUACACCGUAAUGCGCCACACAAGCAAUAAUAUAGAGCAUUCUAAACAUAUUCUUAUUACGUGUCUUAUUUUGUAUUAUUAUUAAUUUUUACUUUUUACUUCAUUUGACUCUGCUCUAUUUCAUAGAAUGCUUAAGCUUAUUCUAAUUUAAGUUUAUUUUAUAACCAACCUAAUUAUAAGUCUAAUAAUAAACCACAACAUCUAUAUUCGAUACACAUAUAUUAUUAGUAAAACAGUUAAUUUUACUUAUUAUUUCAAUAUUCGCAUUAUUAAUUAAAUCAAAAUUUAAUCAUAGCUUGUUAAAGAUGCCACAAGUUCAAUUGCGCCUUCCCGCGCUCAGUUGUGGUAAUACCGCCAUCUUGGCGGAGUGAUACAUGGCAGCGUCCGAAAUAGGGGCCUCGACGAGAGAAGCCAAGCGUCGCCAUAUUAACAGUCAGUCGGUUACAGACCGAGCUCAGAGACAGACCUAUGCCACCGGGCAUACGUGGUAUGAUGCAACAUUGCAUCAUCUCGCGCGCGACGCGAACGAUUACAUCAUUCAUUAAGAACAAUAGUAAUAGUGACUAGGGACCAAUUGUACUUUUAUUUUCUUUUAUUAUCAUGUGUGUGCAAUAAACAUUAUAUUAUGUGAAUCGGCAUAAGUGAUUUGCGCAACCGACAUUGAUAAGUCCCAUCCACAUGUCACUACCUGAAAUAAGAAGUGCAUGAACAUUAAACUCAGUGCACAAAAACGAAAUAAAUAAACUUACCUGUGUACCGACGAACAUUACGCAGCGGCGUAAUCAAUCCCACGACGACCACGUUGACAGGAAGGACGAGCCUGGCCAAUCACGUACGAGGAUUCCUGAAACAGAGAGAAAGGACAAUUACGUAUCCCACCUUGGUAAUUACAGGGUUAAAUUACCUGGCGACCGUGAAAUUCACGUAGGAUUCAUCUUAAAGGUAGGUGAAAUAACCUGUAAAGUGAAAAUUCGGAAAUUAGCAUUUGUU